AUGCUGUCUCUGCUAUCUUGCCUCUCGUUGGCCUCGGCCUUUAUCGCCGCGGGUGACAUUUUGAAGCCGAGGGCCGGACUGGGUCCCAUAUCAACCAGCUCAGCAGCCACCAUCGCCGGCGGACAAGUCGCAUGCGCUGCUGAACCCAUCGACUCAUUCUUCGCCGGUCUCAAGCUGCCUGCGCCGUACGCCGCUCCGCCCGGAAACGCCACCGCCGCCGGCCCGUUCCCAUACGAGUCGGCGCUCGACGCGCGGGGCCUGCGCUUAGGUAUCAGCACCGGCCGCCAGUUCGACGGCACCUCGGCCAAGCAGCCCGUGCAGUUUGACUGGCACGCCUCCCUGGCCGAGCACGGCGGCGCCUUUGCCAACCACAAGGCGACCGCGUUCGAUACGCAGGCGGUGACGGUGCGCUACUUUGAGGGCGCCGCGGCCAUGGACGCGCACCUGGUGCCCGGCUCGCCGUACGGUACCGUGUACCUCAUCUACGCGCUGUCGCCAAUCACGCUCACGGCAAGGUCGGACUCGGCAGACGCGGGCACGGUCCGGGCUGGCAGCACGUUCAAUGGCGUGCUGCGGAUGGUGAUGCUCGCCGACCCGGGGCACAAGGCGCUGCUCGACCAGCAUCACGCGACGUAUCCGACUGCCGUCGGCGUCGACUACGCCUUCGGAGACACCGACGGCGCCGAUCCCGACUUUCCGCCCACCAGCGCGCUGGGCUACCUGACAACCAAGGGCUGGAUGUACCCGGCCGUGGGCAACCAGUGGCGCAUGAAGUAUGCCCUGUCCAACAUUACCUGGAACGCGCCGCGGCCGCUCGACCGCUCGUGCGCCGACGCCGUCCCCGCCGGCCUCGAGUACGAGAUCAGCCAACCCAACCUCGCCGCCGCGCCCGUGAUUUUUACUACUGGGGCGGCAGCAUGGCCGCUCAGGCGCGCCUCGCCCUCAUCGCGUACGUCCUGCUCCCCUCCCGCCCAAGUCCCUAGCUCAAUGGAACACAGCGAUGAGAUGGGCCGCCGCGACCUCGUCGACAAGCUGGGGCGGCGUCGUCAACAAAAGGCCGGCGCGGCGGCGGGCGUGUACACCAACAAGGCGGCGAGCAACGGCAGGUACGUGGUGCUGGCGGCCGACGGUUCGCUGGUGAACAGCACGGUGGAGGAGAGUGCGGGUGAGGGCUUCCGCUUCAUCAAAGCGUAA